UAUAUGAGUGAUGGGGUAUGAAUGUGGUCAAACGGCGGUAGCACUGCCACCGCGCUUUAGGCUGACCGCAUGCAGGCCUUCCGCAGAUCCCGCCGUUUGGCUCAUUGAAAGAUGUUCCCCACGGCAGAUGGCCUGUAUCAACUCACAUGAGCAGGACUCAGGAGCAAUAUUGUGCACACACAGAAUAUUUUCAUCGAAUCCCCGACAUUCUCAGAAUACAAAUGUCGGCUUUGAUCGUCGCCUACCAAAUUUCCCGGGCGCCACCUAGAACUUCUACCCAGGGCACUGAACACUCCAGGCAAGUCAAACGGGGAGCUGGGGUGGAAAUCGGCUACUGGAUGGUUCCGGAUGGAUGUGGCCCACAUAAUGGGCAGGGAUGGGCAGAAUGGCAAAUACUUUAUUCGGGUGUAUUGAACGGGGCAGGAGAGGGUGAAACGCCGCUAAGACAAGAGAUCACCAGAAUGUCCUCCCCCUUGCAGAAUGCGUCUUCUAGCACAUUUGACGCAUCAAUCCUCACCCUUCAGGCCGACUUUUCCAGUGGCCUCACCCUUUUGACAACAGCUCCCACUGCCAAUGAAUUCCUCAGAGCUACAGAGGGUCCAUUUGCGGAGUUGAAAGAGCUAGUUAUGCAGCAUACUUCAAUUGCAAACAGACCACGGUUUCAACCCCUCGCCCCCCCAGAGAAAAUUUUGAAGGAGAUUGUGCAGAAGAUAUGGGGUCAUUCAUCUGUUCAGACAGUUGAUGAUAUUGGCAAGAUUCUAGAGAACGGACACGUCACAGAUGAUUUGAGCCUCGAAGUUUUUUUGGAAGCUUGCAUCGCAGGCUAUGCCAAGAAAAGGGAGAGGUCACCCCAAGAAGUCAUGAAACGUUUCCGAUUACACAAUCCUUCUGAAGCGGGCCAAACGGCCUGGCAGGCAUGGCUCAAGCUUCACUCUGGAAUUGAUAGUCAAGAGGCUGCAAGGCUGCGUAAAUCACACCAAGAAGCUGUUGAGAAGCACUACCCCGAUUGCACGGCAGAGGCGAAUGCAUUUUACGAAAAAGUUCUGAUACAUUGUGGAGACAUUGUUUUGUCAAAGGAUGAAAGGGAUGCUAAACCCAAUGAAGGCCUCUAUCUGUUGCAGAAGGUAACCGGAAACUCUCUGAUGAUCAUGGAAAUGGUCAAAGCUAUGGGCCUACCCCUUGCAGAGGAUGCCGCAUUGGCGAUGAGAAACUUUUACGAUGGAAUAAAGGCAUUCAGCCCAUAUCAACCUGACGCCAUCAAACAGAGAGACUUCCGUCAUCAUCUUGGAGCAUUUAACAACUCCAAAAUGUCUACCAGCGAGGUAUUUGGGGCCUCUGGUCUCAUGAAGUCCAUUGUGACGCAGGCGAAGCAAAGCGUCCAUUUCAGUGAUGAUCUGGACCGAUAUUUGGGUAACACUACUGCGAAAUCAGAGGUUGAGUGUGAUGCAGAGGAUGUGGAUUAUCACACACCUUUAUUGAAGAUGAAGGAAGGCCUGAGCACUAUAGACCAGGCAUAUGGGGCGCAUACUGUUUGCUGCACUGAUUGUGCUGGGAAGCUCAAAGCCAUGAUUUGUCAGGUGAAAGUCACCUGGUCAGAAACCUCUGGAACGCGCACUGCACUCCAACAGUACCUGAAGCGUGAGGUGUUACACUAUGCACUGGAUGGGAAUGGCAACGUCAGUAAAUAUGCAUUACCUCAAAAUGAAGUAAGGAGAGCAGUUGGGAAAACGGCCAUCAUCCCGGCAUCAUCCCACAAACGUAAGGGAAGCACCCCAGACCCUACCACUGUGUCUAUGGAAUGA